AUGCUGCGCCGCCCUGCGCCCGCGCUGGCCCCGGCCGCCGGGCUGCUGCUGGCCGGGCUGCUGUGCGGCGGCGGGGUCUGGGCCGCGCGAGUCAACAAACACAAGCCGUGGCUGGAGCCCACCUACCAUGGCAUCGUCACCGAGAACGACAACACGGUGCUGCUUGAUCCCCCGCUGAUCGCCCUGGAUAAAGAUGCUCCUCUGCAUUUUGCAGGUGAGAUUUGUGGCUUUAAAAUUCACGGGCAGAAUGUCCCCUUUGAUGCAGUAGUAGUGGAUAAAUCCACUGGUGAGGGAAUAAUCCGCUCAAAAGAGAAACUGGACUGUGAGCUGCAGAAGGACUACACGUUCACCAUCCAGGCCUACGACUGCGGGAAGGGUCCCGACGGCACUGGCGUGAAAAAGUCUCAUAAAGCAACUGUCCACAUUCAGGUGAACGAUGUGAAUGAGUACGCGCCCGUAUUCAAGGAGAAGUCCUACAAAGCCACGGCCACGGAGGGGAAGCAGUACGACAGCAUCCUGAGGGUGGAGGCCGUAGACGCAGACUGCUCCCCGCAGUUCAGCCAGAUCUGCAGCUAUGAGAUCGUCACCCCGGAUGUGCCAUUCACCGUGGACAAGGAUGGUUAUAUCAAAAACACAGAGAAGCUCAAUUACGGCAAGGAGCGUCAGUAUAAGCUGACCGUCACAGCCUAUGAUUGUGGGAAGAAAAGAGCCACGGAAGAUGCUCUGGUGAAGAUCAGCAUCAAGCCCACCUGCACCCCUGGGUGGCAAGGCUGGAGUGACCGGGUGGAGUAUGAGCCUGGCACGGGCACCUUGGCUGUGUUCCCGAACAUCCACCUGGAGACGUGUGCCGCGCCGGUUGCCUCCGUGCAGGCCACCGUGGAGCUGGAGACCAGCCAUAUCGGCAAGGGCUGCGACCGAGACACCUACUCUGAGAAGUCCCUUCACCGGCUCUGUGGGGCUGCCACUGGCACUGCCGAGUUGCUCCCUGCCCCCAGCAGCUCUGUGAACUGGACCAUGGGCCUCCCCACGGACAACGGCCACGACAGCGACCAGGUGUUUGAGUUCAACGGCACCCAGGCAGUCAGGGUCCCCGACGGCCUUGUUUCUCUCAGCCCCAGAGAGCCCUUCACCAUCUCCGUGUGGAUGAGGCACGGGCCUUUUGGCAGGAGGAAGGAGACGAUUCUUUGCAGUUCAGACAAAACAGAUAUGAACCGACACCAUUAUUCCCUGUAUGUCCAUGGGUGCCGGCUGGUUUUCCUCCUCCGCCAGGAUCCUGCUGAGGAGAGGAAGUAUAAACCUGCAGAAUUUCACUGGAAGUUGAAUCAGGUCUGUGAUGAGGAGUGGCACCACUUUGUCCUCAACGUGGAGUUCCCGAGCGUGGCUCUCUACGUGGAUGGUGUCUCUCACGAGCCCUUCUCUGUGACCGAGGAUUACCCGCUCCAUUCAUCCAAGAUAGAAACGCAGCUUGUGGUCGGAGCUUGCUGGCAAGGUGGCGACUUACACAUGACCCAGUUUUUCCGAGGUAACCUGGCUGGGCUAACGGUACGUUCUGGGAAACUCGCAGAUAAGAAGGUGAUUGACUGUCUGUAUACCUGCAAAGAGGGGCUAGACCUACAGGUCCCUGAAGAUGUCGGCAGAGGCGUGCAGAUCCAAGUAAGCCCAAGCCAGUCGGCCUUGACCUUGGAAGGAGACGACAUCUCGGAGCUGGAUAAAGCUCUGCAGCACGUCUCCUACCUGAACUCACGACAGUUCCCCACGCCAGGCAUCCGCAGACUCAAAAUCACCAGCACAGUCAAGUGUUUUAAUGAGGCGCCCUGCAUUGCGAUCCCCCCAGUCGAAGGCUACGUCAUGGUUUUGCAGCCGGAAGAGCCCAGGAUCAGCCUGAGUGGUGUCCAUCGCUUUGCCCGAGCGGCUUCUGAGUUUGAGGGCUCAGAAGGGGUUUUCCUGUUCCCUGAGCUUCGAAUCAUCAGCACAAUCACACGAGAAGUGGAGCCCGAGGGGGAUGGCCCUGAGGACCCCACAGUUCAAGAGUCCCUGGUGUCUGAGGAGAUCGUGCAUGACCUGGACACCUGUGAGGUCACGGUGGAGGGAGAGGAACUGAACCCGGAGCAGGAGAGCCUGGAGGUGGACACCGCCCGCCUGCAGCAGAAGGGCAUCGAAGUGAGCCGCUCUGACCUGGGCAUGGUCUUCACAGGUGUGGACACCAUGGCGAGCUACGAAGAGGUUUUGCACCUGCUGCGCUACCGGAACUGGCAUACCAGGUCACUGCUCGACCGGAAGUUCAAACUCAUCUGCUCUGAGCUAAAUGGCCGCUACCUCAGCAAUGAAUUUAAGGUGGAGGUGAAUGUGAUCCACACCGCCAACCCUGUGGAGCACGCCAGCCACAUGGCCGCCCAGCCACAGUUUGUUCACCCCGAGCAUAGGUCCUUUGUUGACCUGUCAGGCCACAACCUGGCCAAUCCUCACCCAUUUGCAGUCGUCCCGAGCACCGCCACUGUAGUGAUUGUGGUCUGCGUCAGCUUCCUGGUGUUCAUGAUCAUCCUGGGGGUGUUUCGGAUCCGGGCUGCACAUCAGCGAACCAUGCGGGACCAGGACACAGGGAAGGAGAAUGAGAUGGACUGGGAUGACUCUGCCUUGACCAUCACGGUGAACCCCAUGGAGACCUACGAGGACCAGCACAGCAGUGAGGAGGAGGAAGAGGAAGAGGAGGAGGAAGAGGAGAGCGAGGAUGGAGAGGAGGAGGAAGACAUCACCAGCGCUGAGUCGGAGAGCAGUGAGGAGGAGGAGGGCGGCCCUGGGGACGGCCAGAACGCCAACCGGCAGCAGCAGCUGGAGUGGGACGACUCCACGCUCAGCUACUGAAUGCACCCCGGGCUCCUGCGUCCCUGCCUCAGAACACCUGCCACCCUCUCCCAGCCCGUGGGUCCUCGAUGUACAAAGUCACUUUGGCCAGCAGGUCUGCAGACCCCCUGUUGCUGAUCGUCCUUCCACGCCCGAUGUGUAGGACUGUAGGCUCCCGCCCUCUGCCUGUCCCCGCUGGAUCGCUCUCCCCUAAGCCAGGAGCUGGCCCUUCCUCCCUGCCGCCUCCUGCCGGCACAGAGGCCACAGCACCACAGGCCCCUGCCAGCCGGCGAGACGCCCACCUCGCACCUCCAGAAGAGUUGCCGUGACUGACUGUAGCUGACAGAGGUGAAAUGCUCCUUCCCACCUGGAAAUCAUUUUUUCUUUUUAAAAAAAAGUUUUUAUUUUUUCCAAACCUAGUGCAUGUAUAAAAUGGCAGAAUGGGUUAAUAUGUAGAUGAUCAACUGACUUUUUAAUAUUUUGUAAAUAAAUUGGGAUUCUCUGUGUCCUUUGUGCUAGUGUAGUCCAGGACUGGGACGUAAAGUGGAGGGACCCUGGCUCCUGUUUCCCCCCCCCUCAAGAAACUAGGAUGGGGAGGCCUGCCCACUCUGGCCAGGGCCUGGGGCUGUAGGCUGUGGCUUGCUGCGUGGGACCAGGUCAGGGGUUUGUGUUUGAAGUGUGGAAAUAGCCAGGUCUAUUCUUUGGGAUUCUGCCCACUUCUAGCAUGGUGCUGGGGGUGGGAACUGUGGGGUCCCCGGCCUCUUGUGCAUUCCCCAGGACCAGCGGCUUCCUUGACGUCACCCGGGCCCAUGUGCAGCUGUAACUGAUGCUUCAUAACUGUGCAUUGCCGGCUGGGGAAGCUCUCUGCGUCAUGGACACUGAUGGCCAUGGUGCAGAUCAUUGGACCAGUUGGUUUGGAGACAGCAGCGGUUCCCUGAGGGAUCCGCACUCAGAAUGGAGGAAGGGAAACCCUGAGGCCCCAAGACAGACUCUAGAAUGUUCCAAAAGUCUGCAUCUACCCCACCCCAGCCCCUGGAUGCCCCUGUGUCGGGGUCAGACGCCCACUCCAGGAGCCAGGAGCCCUGCUGCUCUACUCUGGGCCAGGCGAAGGCCAGCAAGCAGUUUGGUCUAGAGCCACACAGCACUUUGCUCUUGUGUACAUGUCAGAUGCCAGACUGUAAGCCUGGGGUCGUUCUGCUUGCUGUCUGUGUCCUCACUGCUAGUUUUAAGGACACUGAUGGCUGGGCUAUUGUGUGGCCGCCCUUCCAUGUCCAGUCCCCGUAGCUGCUCUGUUUAGACAACGGUAGAUGCUAACACAGAGAGGGCCGUCCUCAUACAGUCUGUGGCGCCGCGGUGUCCCCUCCCAGAUGUGUAUAUUGAUGCUAGGUCAGAAAGUGUAUACACUACAAUAAAGUUCUGGUUCUAACUCCA